AAAAAAGUUCCUUGAAAAGAAAACUAUAGAGAACUAACAAUUAUUUAACUUAAAAAAAUACAAUGAAUUUAUAAUGAAUAAAUAUAUAACUAUUUUGACAUAACUAUUAAAUAACUAUUAAUUUAGUUAUUAAUUUAAUAAAACGUUUAAUUCAAAGUGUAUGUGCUUGAUUUUUAAUUUAUUCGUCUUUAUUAUCUAUGGUCUGUCGUCAAAGAAGUUUUACAAGUAAUUCAUGUCUUGAAGAUUUUACAAAUGUUCGUGUUAAAUUGUUGAAACUCUCGAUAAGAAAAUAAAUUAUUAUUUUAACAAGAAGUAUGACUUCUAUUAGCGAAAUUAGUUCGUUACCUAAAACGAAAAAACCUUCGGACAGUGCAUUUAAACAGCAACGUUUACCUGCUUGGCAACCAAUACUUACUGCUGGAACUGUUUUACCAACAUUUUUUGUAAUUGGGAUUGCUUUUAUACCAGUUGGAGUUGGAUUGCUUUAUUUUUCUGAUCAGGUUAAAGAAUAUAUUUUAGACUAUACAGAUUGUAAUUCUACAAACAUAUUUCGUGGAAAAGAACCUAUUAAAUGUGCAGAUGCUAUAGCAGAAGAUCGUUCAAAGCCUUGUGUUUGUGAAUUAAACUUCACAUUACCAUAUGAUUUUAAUGGAAAAAUUUAUAUGUAUUAUGGUUUGACUAAUUUCUAUCAGAAUCACAGGCGAUAUGUAAAAUCAAGAGACGAUAAUCAACUAUUGGGAAAAUUGAGUGAUGUUGUCUCUACAGACUGUGAACCAUUUGCUUAUGAAGGAGAGAAAGCUAUUGUACCAUGUGGUGCUAUUGCUAAUUCAUUAUUUAGUGAUAAUUUAAAAUUAUUUUCUGAAAAACAUAAAAAGCAUGUACCAUUAUUAAAGACUGGAAUAGCUUGGCCCUCAGAUAAGAAUAUUAAAUUUAAAAAUCCUGAGGGUAAUUUAAUAGAAGCAUUUAAGAAUUUUGCAAAACCAAAAAAUUGGACUAAACAUAUUUAUCAGCUAGAUGAAGAAAAUGAAAGCAAUAAUGGUUUUCAAAAUGAAGAUCUCAUUGUUUGGAUGAGAACUGCUGCUUUGCCUACUUUUAGAAAACUAUACCGCAGAGUAAAUCAUACAGAAAAUGGUUUCACUGAAGGUCUAUUAGCAGGGAAUUAUACACUUACCGUUAAUUACACAUAUCCUGUGUCUGCCUUUGAUGGUAGAAAAAGAAUGAUUUUGAGUACUACUUCUCUUCUUGGUGGGAAAAAUCCUUUUCUUGGUAUUGCUUAUAUAGUUGUAGGAUGUAUUUGUUUAUUGUUAGGCAUCACAUUAUUAAUAAUACACAUCAAAUGUUCUAAAAGUGUAACAGAGAUGAUCAAUGUGACUCCAAAUACACCAUAUCAAGAAUAAUUAUCCAUAAUUGUUAUAAAACUUGAAGAACAUUCUGAAUAUUCUGCAUUUAAUUUGUAAGUGUCAAUAUAAAACAAUCUAAUUUAACUAGAAAAUGCAUAUUUAAAAAGAAUUUUAGUUUAGUUUAUAUAAAAAAAAAAUAAUAAUAAUUGUUACCACUUCAUGUCUUUCUAAUAGAUAUUUCAAUAUAUUUCUUUACUGUUAUUAUUUCAAUCAUUAUUUUAUAGAAGAAACAUUAUAAUUCUUUGUUAUUAAAAAUAUGAAAAAUGGACAUGUAUGUAUUUUAUGCAUUGACACAAUAUUUAUGUAUAAAUAUACAUAAUUAUAUUGCAAGAAUAUAAUUAAUAUAAGUAUUUAUAUAUACUUGUAUAUGUAUUGAGAUACUCAAAAUAAUUAUUAAAACAAAUUAGGAAUUAUUAAUACCUAAUUAAAGGUAUAAAGAUAUUACAUAGUAAUUUUUAACAUUUAUUAUUUAUGUAUUCAACUUUAACAAGUUG